CGUGGAUGGCGGGAAUAUCUCUUAUUCUCAAUCUACUGAAGAGCGCACAGGGUUCCUCCUCCUCUUCCUCCUCCUCCGCCCUAUUGCUCCAUUCACAUGCUCUCCUCACAGCUAGUGCCGCCGCCUCGGCGGCCGCCGCGUACAUCGCUGCCUCCAAGCCCUUCGCUUCUAGAGCCAUUUUCGGUGAUGGAGGAAUUUCUGUUGCCUAUUGUGAUGCUGGUGCCACUAUUGCAUGGAAUGAAAACUACAUCCCCAAUCUUAGUAGUGCAACUGAAAAUGAGAAGUCAAUUACAUUUAAGUGUAAAGAGUACCCAAUAGAGCUUAGGCCUCUAUUCUCAGCUUUUCAACUUAGAUCUCUGGCUCUCACAUCCCUAAGGUCCUUCUUGCAGUUCUAUUUGCCCCUUAUUGAAGUUCAUCCACCAGUAGAAGAUGGUGAUGAUCUCCUACAAGAUGAGCCCAAAGAAAGCCAUGUUGAUUUAUUGACCCCAUUCCACAAUUCACUCAAACAAAUAGUUCGUGAGGAAAGGUUAUUUUUUGAAGAAAGAAGGGACAAGUUCUUUCAAAAACAAAUGCCAGUCACCUUUCAAGAGAGAUAAAUAUGCCACCAGCAAAGGAUAAGCAGUGCUUAAAUGCAUAUAUGGAAAUAACGAUGAAAGGAGUUACACCACACUUUCCUUGGCAUAUAAAUCUGUUGGCCUUCCUUGUUGUCACUAGUAGCCUAUUCUGUUUAUCAGCUCUAGUAGACCUUCUUAGCAUCCUCGUCGAAGUUGGAGUGGGACUUUGAGAAUGACCAAACUAACCUUAUUGAUUGACUUUGGAACUUCAAAUAUAGCUUUGUGUUGAAGGUUUGAUGUGCCUGCUGAAAACUGCUUUAAG